UGAAGCCUAUAUAUGAAUGAAGCAUGAAAAUGCAAACUAUUGUGAAAAGAAAGCUAUGCAACAAUGGCUAGACCAAUUCCUUCUCUUGUGGUAAUAUUCGUGUUACUUCUGUUCAUGAUUGAGUUUUCUUCAGCAAGAAGAACUCUUGCCAAUGUUCCAUCCUCUAACCAUAACCAUGGCCAUCAAAAGAUAACAUUUUUAAUGAGGGAUGUGCUGAAUGGUAGUAGCACACAAUAUUCAGAGAAACCAACAACUGUAAAUGUGACUGAUCAAAUACCCCAAUCCACUGCAACAGUUCCACUGAAUAAUGCACCUUCUGAAACCCUUGAUCUGUCCACUAUUGGGUUCUCUUUUCCCACCAGAGCAACACUUCAGGAACUGGAGUAUGGAUCAGUAACAUCCAUAGAUGAGGAUCUGGUCGAGAGUGAUGGAGAUGAAGUGAAAAACAUUGGAAAAGCAGAAGGAGUUUAUGUUGUUAGUUCUGAGGAUGGAAGUAGCCAUAUGGUGGCUAUCACUGCAAGUUUCUUGAAGGGUGAUGCACUGAGACUUUUUGGAGUGCACAAGAGUGAUGUGUUUGAGUCGCAUGUUGCUGUUAUUGGAGGCACCGGGAAGUACUAUGAUGCUAAUGGCUAUGCUGCGGUUAAGGUUGUCCACAAAGUAGGUUCAAAAGAUGGAAAAGUGAUAAGUUCAAAGUUCCUCUUGUUUGAUGUGUACCUUAGUUAAUUAUAAGCAUCUAUAAUGUGAAAAUCAAUGAAGGAUAUAUGUUUUCUCUUUA